AUCAGAUAUUACAUCAUUAUCAAAUGUAUAUCAUAUGGCUACUUGUGUUGCAAAAAGAAUUAAUAAUUGUGCACCAAUUUCAGCAAUAUUUAAUAAUAUUUCAUUUUUUAAUCCCCUUAAUGUUGAUGCAAGUUUAAUUAACAAAUAUUUGCUUGAAAAAUAUAAUGGAACUUUUGAUAUAAGUUAUAAUGCUCAAAAAUUUCAUUGA